GGAGACCCUAGCAGGCUCUGUGACAGCUUGUCGGCCGCCAUGUCAGCGAGUGGAGCUGGAAACAAACCCGGCGCCCAGCGGUAGCCCUCCUUUUGCCUCCAGUUCCCAGUUGUUUAUAUCUGCGUGUCAACAGUGUGUCCAGUCACUGUGUGAGUCUUCGUCAGCUAAAUCUGCUGUUAUGAAGUACUGAGAACUUGACCUAAAAGAAGACUGAAAUUUAUUGCCAACAGACAUGGAAGGACUUUAGUGAAAUUUGAAGAGUUCAACAAAGGAUGCUCUAAUGGAUGACAGCGAAACUCCUACAGAUAACCUGCAUAUAGAACCACAAGAUGUGUGUCAUCCUGGUGACAGUGUGGAAAGUAUAGUAAAACACUUACCUUCUCUAUCAGAUGAAAAUGAAAAUCAACUUGGUGGGAAUGGGCAUGAGCGUCUAACUGACAGCAACAGUGCAAUGGGAAAACCGGAGGUGUUGGAACAAGACAGUCUCAACAAUAAUGAAGGCUGCACAUCAAGGUGUGAGGUGUCUGCAAGUGAGAACUCAGAUAACACUCCUUGUGAAGGCUCCAAAGACAGACAGGCCUUCUUGGGAAAGGACAAAAAAAAAUCUGGAAAAGGAAGUAUAAGAAGCAAAAAAGGUACUGCUAAGAACAUAACAUCAGGACUUUCUUCAGGGGAUAUUACACCUUUAAUGCAAGAAAAGAUAGUGAGUGCAGCCACACAUGCUGUUGGUGAUGAGGAGACUGCUGAAAUAAAUGCUUAUGAUCAACCAGAAGCUCCAGAGCUAGUUCUGCAAUCUCUGUUCUCCCUUAUACGUGGUGAAGUUGAGCAGUUGGAUUCCAGAGCACUUCCCCUUUGCCUUCAUCAGAUAGCAGAGUCAUAUUUCCAGGAGGAGGACUAUGAGAAAGCAAUGAAAUUCAUUCAGCUUGAACGAUUAUAUCAUGAGCAAUUGCUUGCAAAUCUGUCUGCCAUUCAAGAACAGUGGGAAACAAAAUGGAGAACUAUACAACCACAUACAGUUACAUCUCUAAGGAAUUCGGAAAAAGGAUUUAAUGGUGAAGAUUUUGAACGGCUUACUAAAUUUUGCACAACACAUCAAGACCCUCUUUUAUCCAAACAAAAGAUAGCAGCCAUAGAAAAAUCCCUGGGAAGGAAAUGCUUUAUGCAGUUAAUAGUGUCUGAAGAUCCAAAAGAAAAAGGAGCUACAGCCAAAGAGUCAGAGUGUGAAACCUGUCUUGACGAGGAACCAAGUAAAGAAAGCCAAUAUAAAGAAGAAAUCAGGGAGAGCAGUUUCUGCUGUAAUCAACGCAACCAGCUGGCAGAUUCCCCGAGCCUUCCAGUAACUGCAGGGAAGCUCCACAUGGAGGAGCCGCUCCGCAGCGCUGAAGCCGCACUGGAGCUCCACGCCCAGUCCCCAGAGACAGCUAGGAGCAGGUCUGGGCCAGACUCCUCUGAUAGCACUUGUGAGGAUGACAGCCACUUGCAGCUGGCUGAAACAGAGGCAUGCAAAGAUGUGACCAAAAUUCAGGGCAUUUUUGAGGAUCCUAAUGUGUUCCUUUCCAGCAAGUUAAUGAUAGAAUCAUUGACUUUACCAGGCUGUGACCAUAUACCUCCUGCGUUGAUUUCUGAGGGUAAAUAUUCCCAGACUGAAAGAAAACAACUCCAAUUGCCGCUUCAGGCUGAGGCGUUGCCCUCAGACCAACUUGAGAACAAUGAAGUAAAUGAGCUACAGCAACCUGAUCUCACAGGCAGGGAUGGAAAAUCACCACAGGGUUACAGUGACUCAGAUGGCUCUGAGCUAGCACUUUGUGAAAAUAAUAAAAUAUCUGACCUAAGCGCAGUGCUUCCAGAGGUGUGUAUGGCCCCAGAGGAAAAGGGAGAUAAGGACGACCAAAUCAGUAAAGAAACAGAAGAUUAUUUGAACAGCCUUUUAGAAGGAUGCUUAAAAGAUACUGAAGAGUCCCUUUCAUAUGAAGAUAACCAAGAGGAAGACUCUGAUCUCAUUCAAGAUCUUUCUCCUGAAGAAGCAUCCUAUAGUCUACAGGAGAAUCUACCUUCGGAUGAUAGCUGUCUUUCUCUUGAUGAUCUUGCAAAAAGGAUAGAGAUUGCAGAGGUGGUUCCUACUGAAGGCUUAGUCUCUAUUUUAAAGAAGAGGAAUGAUAGUGUAGGAAAUCAUCCUGUCCAAAUGCAACAGAAAACAUCUAAGCGAAGAGUGCGAUUCCAAGAAAUAGAAGAUAACUUGGAUCAAGAUGAAGUUGGAAAUGGUUCCUGUAUUUUACUAAUCUUGCUGUACAUAGUAACUGUUUUCCUUAGUAUUGGAGGAACUGCAUUAUACUGCACUUUUGGUGACCUGGAGUCACCUGUUUGUACAGAUUUUGCAGACAACAUGGACUUUUAUUACACUAAGUUACUGCAGGGAAUGGCAGGACUUAAACACUGGAUCUACCUCUCCUAGCAGCAUUCAAGAGAGACAGGCAUGCUGGUAGUGAGAGUAGAAGAUGUGAAACUUACUAUACAGCUUUUUUUCAGGAGUCCUGUAACACCCCCACUAUCAUUCACCCCCAUGAGGAACCAUGGACAUCAGAAAUGAAACAUCAACGUUAAACGGCAAUCCAGAGAAACGCUGUUAGAAUAAUCCUCAUAAUAAUGCAAAUAUUGAUCUCAGCAUUGUGGAUGGAAGGGAUGAUCUUUGAGAGUGUAUCUGUCCUCAUAGCUUCCUGCUGAAAUGAGGCACACUGAGCAGAAUUAAACAAGGCAAUCUUGUAGCCACAAUAUUUUUAGCCACCUUAUCAAGUAAUGGUUAAAAGACACUUUUGGUUUACAUUUGUUGGUCCAAAGAUAAUGCUUCCACCAUCAUGCAAUAAGUUUUGCAUAAUCGAAAGGACUUACCUUAUGAUUUUAAUGUAAUUUAGGUUUUGUGCAUUAUUUCCAGAUUCUGUUCUCCAUCUGUGAAAUGUAUGUGUGUGUGUUACAGGUAUUUAUCAUAAGCAAAUACCCAACAUAGAACAAAAAAUUAUUUUUAUUCUUUUAACUUGACUAUUAUAGAUGUACAGGCACAAAUGUUUUAAGAUGGCUUAACUUUGGAAUAGAUGAAUUUUAGAUAUCUUAGCCCUCAAAAUGAGAAACUGUGACAGAUCUAUGGCAGUUAACCUGAUCAAUUCAACAGAAAUCAGUCACAGACCUAGGGGUGGCAUUAAAGAGCUCCUCCUAAGUCUUGGGCAUCCAGUUUCAUCAUGGAUUCAUUGCUUCCUGAUAUAUGGUGAAUGCAGGACUCAAUUCAGCAUUAUUGAGCACCUAUUAUGUUCCAUGAACCAGAAUAUAAUGAUAAACAAGACAUAGUUCCUACUCUAGAUGUUUUAAUUUUGGUCUUUCUUGUAUAAAAUAAACUCACACUGUGGCAAGCAAAAUUAAAUCACCAUAUAUAAUUCAGUAUUAAUAGAUCAUGCAUUCUGAUGUUUCCAUGUGCUUUCACAUCAUGGGCUUGAUUUAGACCUAUUAUGGGGUCAUUAAGCGAAAAUUCAAUCAUAUCUUAAAUAAGCGAAUGUCUGAUUUUUGUUUAAGUCUGCCAGUAAGGUGGCAUAUCCUUAUCUAAGGUAUAGUGGUCUAACAUUUAGGAAGCCUUGUGUUGACUUUUUAUAUCUUAGGCAGCAUUUAAAAAAACUCAUGAUUAUAGUUUUCCACUAGUGAUGAUUAUUUCAUUUUUUUCUGUUAGGAUCGUAUGAAAGAAAAAGGGAGAAAUUACUUUCUAGUUGUUACUGGCUGGUACAGUACCUCCCUUUGUAUUUCUGCUUAUUUAUUUAGAUGAAAUGAAUUUCAAAGGGCUUUUUAUAAGUUGAAAGUCUGUUGCUGAGCGUGCGUUCAGUUAUCACAAUGCUGGAUGUUUAAUUACCAUGUAUUUAGUAUUUUGAUUUUCUUUUAUUUGAGUUCAGUGUGGUUUUAGGCUUGUUUAUUUUUAAAUUGAUGUUUUAUUUUCACUUAUAAAACUGUUUAACUUGUCUGCAUCAUGUCACCAUAAACUGUAAUAUUUUCAAAGAUUAUAGAUCAAAGAUAUUUAUUUAGAAGUGUAUAAGAUUGAAAUUUAGAUUCCUUAUACUUAAGGCUGAUUUUAUUAGAAGAUUAUUUUAAUGUUCUAUUAUAAAUUUUAAGAGUUUGUAUUCAAAUUGUAUGUAAAAUAUGUAAAUAUUGAUGGUACCAAUACUUAUGUGGUUCUAUAAGAUAUUCACAAGGUCUACUGUGAGGGGCAUCUUGGUCAUAGACAAACCUCUUCUGUUUUACCCUCAUAAUUUCUAGUUAUAAGAAUUUGGUGAAGCUGAUUUCUGCCAAUUUUAUGUCGAGAUAAAUCAGAAUUUCCUUGUGUCCACCUCUUUUAGGUCACUAUUGGAGUCCUGUGUAAUCUUUGAGGUUUUAUAUAUUUCUAUACCUACAAGGCCACUUCUUCUGAAACUGAAUAUUUCCUGGGAACCUUUGCACUGACAUGAAAGGAAGGAGAUAAUACCUUGGUAAACAGGGGUCCUUUUGAGUCUCAAAAGAACAUAUGUGUAUCACUGCUUCCCAGGGGAGGGUGAGGUGAGCUCAGGAACAUAUUGCUGUCAUGACUUAAAAUAGGCAUGAAGUCUCAACUAGAAAAAUUAGGACAACUUUUUAAAAUGUAAUAGUCAUUUAUUGCAUGAAUUGGAGUAAUUCCACCUCGUGGUGAAAGGAUUGUUAUCCAACAUAAAUUCAUCUAAUUUUACUAAAAUGUAAUUUUUUUUCUCAUUUGAAAACUGACAACUAUUUGUAACUAAUCUUAUCUUCCUUAAGAACUGUAUCUGAGGGUAUCAAACUGAGCUUGUAAUUUAAAAUCUAUAGCAACAAAAUUGUCUCUGAGAAUUUAUUUGAACUCUUGGGUGCUGAGAAAAACUGCACUGCAGUGAAAGUAAAAUGAUUUCAGAAGAUGACCUGGCUCCACAAAGUAGAUAGCCAUCUCUUCUGGGAAUGUCCCUAAAUAAGGGCUCCUUUGCCUGUAAUAUGCCUUCCACACCUGCCUGACACAGUUCUUGAAAUUUCCUCUAAAAAUCCAUUCCUUUAGACUUAAAACUCAAAAUCCUCUGAGAGGUUUACCUUAUUGAGCUAUGAACUUGGGUAUUAGAUGCAGAGAGGGUUUGAUAUUUGAAGGUGGGGCUUAUUUUGAAAGGACAGAUGUGAAUUGGGUCCUGCUGGGAUCACAGGAGGGUAUAGAGGGGGGUGGUGGUGGCAGGGGUGGACAAAGAGGUAACAGUUGAAGAGUUAAAAGAGGGAAGGUGGGAAAGAGCAAAGAAAUCCUUUAUUGACAUGCUUGCUGUAGCUGGACUUGUAGACUUUACUCCUAAUCCAGAUAGAAACUGAUUUUUUUCUCUUUCCACUGACAUAAGCUAUUUUAUAAUUCUUCAUUUCUAUGGGCUCAAUUAAUAUUAACUCACUGUUGUAGACUGCUUUAUAUGUAUGUGAUAUUUUCACAUUUAUUCAUUUGAUGCUUAUGUUGGUAAACAUACAUUCAAGUCCAAGUCUUGUAACUCCCAAUCCAUUGUACUUUCCAUUCUAUGUUUCCUACAUCCUCAAGAAGAGUGAUUCUGGGCUUUAUGGCACAAAUUCUAGUGUCAUCUGCUGUUGUAUGAUAAACAUUUAUUGAGCCCCAAAUACAAAGCCAUUAAGAGCUAAAGUGAGAUUUAAAAAUAAAAAUAAAAAAUAUUCCUUAAAGAACUCUGGUAACAUUUAAAUCUCUCUGAGUUUAGUCUACUGAGAGAAAAAGUAUGGGCAUCUCUUCUCCCUAGUUCUAAGAAGAGUUAUUUUACUCCCAAAUACAACUGUUUGUCUGUUAUGCUAAGAUCAAUGCAGAACCACGAACACAAGUUUCAACAAACAUUUGAAUGCUUGCAGUGCGCCUAGCACUGCUAGCUGUUGGAAAUCCAGAAACAAACAAACAAACAAACAAAAUGGUCCCAGCUUAAAGAAGU